AAAAACCAAUACGGACUUCUUUUUUCUGUGAUUGUUCCACCAUUGAAUUAUAAAUACAUAUGAAUGUAAGAAGUAAAAUUAACACAUUUUUAAUCGAAUACGAACAAAAAUUCAUCGAGUGUAUUAAAUAUAAAAAGCUAAACUCAAUAAAAGGUGUAUUAAAUCUGUAUAUUGGUUUUGAAAUAUGUGAAGAAGGGAAAAUAUUGAUUUUGUUGAUUCUUGCCUUAGUAAAAUGUAUCAAUUCAGUAGCUCGACUUAUAUUUGAACGUACGUUGUUGCAAAUAUAAAUUGCUAUGGCAGCUACAGGAACUUAUAACCAUAGUGCAUUGCUACAGAAACAAAGGUCCUUUGGGGCCAGUUACAUAUCAAAACCCGAUGAAAGUGUACUUGUCGAAGGCAGUACCAUAAAUAACUCAACAAAACAAAAGAAUGAAACUUUGGGCUGGAUUUGUUGCGCUCCUUGCAUUUGGUUACGCACGUCUACAACAGUUCACAAAAUCGCGAUAACGGCAGCAACUUUCUUGGUAACUUCUUUGUUGGUAGCGUCCCCGAUUUUAUUUUUAAUAAGUACUGCUCCUUCGCGUCUUCCAAGGGAAUGUUUUUCUACUGAUGAUGAAUGUAAUCCCACACCGUCUCCAACGCCAGAAUGUUCAGAAACUAUUUGUAAACUCGUUUCUACAAAUAUUCAAGCUAAAGUUAAUUGGAAUUUGGAUCCUUGUUCAGAUUUUAAAAACUUUUGCUGCUCACACAAUCUUCGUAGUGAAAGUACAUUAGCAUUGCAAAGCAUUCAAGGAGCUGUUGAUAUUCAGAUGCAAAUUAAUGCGAUGAUACAAAAUGCCCACAUAUUGAGAUUUCACAACUUGAAUGUAGGUUUGAUGUUGAAUAUGAAUGGCAGUCUGACCAAAACAUCGGUCAGUCAAAACUGGUGAAACUUUCUACACUUUUAACUUGUGCUUGGAAACUACAAAGCAAAAAAUUUUCAUGGAAAAAUUA